AUGACCUUCCCACCCAUCGACAGCACCAUCGUUUGCCCGGCUCUCAAUCUCCUCUUCCCAGGCACACCGCCAGACCUCUUCGCCUCUGAGCUCACCUUCUUCGCUUCUGUGCCUUGGACAGCGUCACUUCUGUCAGCUCCAAACACAAUCCCUUUCCUUCCAUCAUGUCGCAACCCAGCAUCGUCAGCACAUGACCAGCUUUUUGGUCUCACUCUCAACAAUGAACGCGGUCUCUCUCAUCUCAUCAGCUUCUUUCACGCCCCGAGCACCGAUGCCGCCAAGGACCCCUCACACAGCAUCACCGAGACCGUCACCCUCGUGUCUCUGGGUGACGGCCUCAGUGGAUUUCCUGGAGUGACUCAUGGCGGAAUGGUUGCUUCGUUGCUUGAUGAGUCCAUGGGGACGAUAUUUGACCUGAAUGGCACGUUGAGAAAGGAAGCGAGAGCGUUUCAGACGCCCAAUGUGACGGGCGGGCUAGACAUCAAGUUUUUGAAGCCAGUUCCCACAAACGGCGUGUAUUACAUCACUUCGACUGUAGAUGAGACCGAUGGUAGAAAGACAAGAAUCCGGUGUGAUUUGAAGGACAAAGAUGGUGAGGUGUUGGCCAAGUGCUCAAGCAAGUGGGUGGCACUCAAGUCAAACCUGUGA